GGGUUUGAGAGAUGUCAACAGAGGAAGACAAGAAGCCCACAGGGGAUCAAGCUGCUCACAUCAAUCUCAAAGUUAAAGGCCAGGAUGGGAACGAAGUCUUCUUCAGAAUCAAAAGAAGCACUCAGCUAAAAAAAUUGAUGAAUGCAUAUUGUGACAGGCAGUCAGUUGAUUUCAAUUCAAUCGCCUUCUUGUUUGAUGGCCGUCGUCUUCGAACGGAGCAGACUCCAGAUGAGCUGGAGAUGGAAGAUGGUGAUGAAAUCGAUGCAAUGUUACAUCAAACUGGAGGCACAACUUUCUGAAUCUUCCCUCUUUGUUAAUGAACAUAUUAUUAUGUGUUUUCAUGAUUUGAACUUAAAUGAGACAGGUUUUGCAACUCUAUGGCCCAUAUGAUGUAAUGAGAUUGGCCUGUUUACUUAAGUUGCUCCAGCCGAGUUGAACUUAAUUCUUACCGUUUACCCGACAAGUAAAUCGUGAAAUCUAUCUUUUAGUUAGCUAUAUCAUUAGUUGGAAUGAUAUAAGUUGAGAUAUUUGUCGGUUCUAAAAUUAUUGUGUUUCUCAAAUAGCUCCAUUGAGCUGAGCUGCACGUUCAUGUUUUGAUCGGAGUGUGGAUUCCCAUCUC